AAGAAGUUGCAGACGCAGCUGGGAAGGCUUACUCUCUCUCUCUCUCUCUCUCUCUCACUGUCUUUCAGUAGAACCAGUAAUAAGUUAUUCAACCUCGUGACUCGAUCUGAUUCAACUCGGUUUCUAUAACGGAAAUCCCUCCCCAAAAACUCGCCCAAGUCUUCUUCUCCUUGGGCAACCCCUUGGAAAUCCCCAGAAGCAGAUAUCAAUUCCAAUCCAUCACCUCGAACUUGAUGCUGAGAUGAGUUCUUUCUCCAUUACACGGAAAAAGACACCCUUUCAAAAGCAUAGGGAGGAGGAGGAAGCAAAGAAGAAGAGAGCUGAGGAUGAAACAGCUCGAUUGUAUGCGGAGUUUGUGGAGUCGUUUCAAGGGGACACCACACCUGGGUCGAAAGCUUUUGUUCGUGGAGGACUGAUUAAUCCUAAUGACAAAGUAAAGGCUGAUAAUGAAGGUGAAAAGUCCAAAGAUGGGGUAUCUGGUCCAAAGAAGGGAAGUAGGUAUGUUCCAUCUUUUAUACCACCUCCUCUGGCAUCCAAGGGAAAAGAAUCCGAGAAGAAAGAGGACGAGAAGCCAAGGGAGAGAGAAAAAGGGAAGCCUCGAAACAUAGAUCAUUUUAUGGAGGAACUGAAGCAUGAGCAGGAGUUGAGGGAGAGGCGAAAUCAAGAUCGUGAUCAAUGGCGUCAUAAUGAUAAUUCUGCUCUAUCUAGUCGCUUUGAUGAACUGCCUGAUGAGUUUGAUCCAAGUGGCAAGUUGCCUGGAUCAUUUGAUGAUGGAGAUCCACAGACCACAAAUCUAUAUGUUGGAAAUCUCUCACCACAGGUUGAUGAAAAUUUUCUCUUGCGAACAUUUGGAAGAUUUGGACCUAUUGCUAGUGUAAAGAUAAUGUGGCCUAGAACUGAAGAGGAGCGGAGGCGUCAACGAAAUUGUGGUUUUGUUGCUUUCAUGAACAGAACCGAUGGGCAGGCUGCAAAGGAUGAAAUGCAAGGUGUGGUUGUUUAUGAGUAUGAGUUGAAGAUUGGAUGGGGCAAGUCUGUUGCUUUGCCUUCACAAGCACUUCCUGCCCCUCCACCAGGACAGAUGGCCAUCAGGAGUAAGGAGGGUGCCACGGUAAUACUUUCUGGUCCUUCAGGCCCACCAGUCACCUCUGUUCCAAAUCAAAAUUCUGAAUUGGUUCUUACUCCAAAUGUUCCUGAUAUAACUGUUGUUCCACCUGAGGAUGAUCACCUUCGCCAUGUUAUUGAUACAAUGGCUUUAUAUGUUUUGGAUGGAGGCUGUGCCUUUGAACAAGCUAUUAUGGAGAGAGGUCGAGGGAACCCACUUUUCAACUUCUUAUUUGAGCUCGGCUCCAAGGAACAUACGUACUAUGUUUGGAGGCUUUAUUCAUUUGCUCAGGGUGAUACUUUGCAAAGGUGGCGAACAGAACCUUUCAUCAUGAUAACUGGCAGUGGAAGAUGGAUUCCACCCCCACUGGCAACAGCGAAAAGCCCUGAUCUUGAAAAGGAGUCUGGUGCAACAUAUGCUGCAGGAAGAAGCAGGCGUGUAGAGCCAGAACGAACACUGACCGAUUCACAGAGAGAUGAGUUUGAGGAUAUGUUACGUGCAUUAACAUUAGAGAGGAGUCAGAUCAAAGAAGCUAUGGGAUUUUCAUUGGAUAAUGCUGAUGCGGCCGGGGAGAUAGUUGAAGUUCUUACAGAAUCUUUGACACUCAAAGAGACUCCAAUCCCAACUAAAGUGGCAAGGCUUAUGCUUGUCUCCGAUGUACUUCAUAACAGUAGUGCUCCUGUAAAGAAUGCGUCUGCAUACCGUACCAAAUUUGAGGCUACAUUGCCAGAUAUAAUGGAGAGCUUUAACGAUUUGUAUUGUAGUGUUACUGGAAGGAUCACUGCUGAGGCCCUUAAGGAAAGAGUUAUGAAGGUAUUGCAGGUAUGGGCAGACUGGUUUCUUUUUUCUGAUGCAUAUGUGAAUGGUUUAAGAGCUACUUUUCUUCGAUCGGGAAACUCUGGUGUGGUCCCUUUCCAUUCCAUAUGUGGUGAUACACCAGAGAUAGAAAAAAGGACCGGUUCUGCAGAUCCAGGUGAUGCAAGUAAGACCAACCAAGAUGCUGCUCUUGCGAUGGGCAAAGGAGCAGCUGUGCAGGAGUUAAUGAGCCUUCCCUAUGCUGAAUUGGAAAGACGUUGCAGACAUAACGGAUUGUCACUGGUUGGUGGUCGAGAAAUGAUGGUUGCACGAUUGUUGAGUCUGGAAGAGGCAGAAAAGCAGAGGGGUUUUGAACUAGAUGAUGAUUUGAAACAGGUUCAAAGCCACUCAAGUUCAGGUAGAUAUUCUGGUAGCAGAAGUGGAAUGAAUGUUGAAGCUGAGCCUGCAGCAUUGUCUGGAUGGAGUCAUUAUGCAGUGGAUGAAAUGGAGUCCCAAGGGAAAGGGUUGGUAACUAUAUCCCAUACACUUCCGAUUCAACAGCCCGAACUAAAAGCAUACAUAAAGAAAGAGAAGAUUGAUCCUGUUUUGCCAGCUUCCAAAUGGGCUCGAGAGGAUGAUGACAGUGAUGAGGAACAGAAGAGAAGUACCACGGGUCUUGGAUUAAGCUAUUCAUCUUCUGGAAGCGAGAAUAUUGGUGAUGGUCCUAGCAAGGCUGAUGAUAUGGAAUCUGCAAUUGAUUCUUGCAUUACUGCACAACCUGAGAGUGGAAUAAGCGAGGAGCAGAGGAAAAGGUUGAGACGUCUAGAAGCUGCUUUGAUUGAAUAUCGUGAAUCUCUCGAGGAAAGGGGAAUAAAAACUCAUGAAGAAAUUGAGAGGAAAGUAGCGAUUCAUCGUAAACGGCUGGAAUCUGAGUAUGGGUUGUCUGUUUCAAACGAGGAUUCUUCUGGAGCAUCUUUGGAUCGGAAGGAUAGACGAGAUAACAACCAUGAAACAUCAAGAAAACGGCAUCGCAGCCGAAGCAGAAGUGGUAGCCCCAUUUGGAGGUCAUCCAAUAGAGAGAGGGAAAGGGAGCAUGAUUUAGACAGGGACCGUGAAAGGCACAGGGAUAGGGACAGAGAUAAAGGGCAUGAUUUUGAAAAUGAAAGGGGGAGAGUGCGGGAGAAGAGUGGAAGUAGAGAAAGGGAUGAUCAUGAGAGGGAGAAAUGCAGAGAGAGAGAGAGAGAGAGGAGGAGGCGAAUGAAAUGAGUUCCAUUCCUGGAGUUAUUCUUUAUCUAGACCAAAAAAACUCUGGACUACCAGGAGAUUGUUUUGGUAAGCUGGAUUCCAAAAAUGGAAGGGAUUUUAUUACUAGAGGGAAGGCAUAUCAAAUUAAAAGAGACUUUAAGCAGGAGUGGUCAUGGAGGGAAUUGUGGUUUUUUAUUUAUUUAAUUUUUUUCUCCCCAUAAUAUCUUGUAACAGGAGUGAUAAAUUUAUAGCCAAAACAUUAAUUUCGAUUCAGCUUGGAAGUAUGCAUAUUACUCACGAGUAGUCAAAUGUGUAAUUUGUUUAUUAAUCUCUUGGGUGCACGAGGCUUAACCAUGUUAAGGAAAAAAAAACUGGCAUACCAGCGCCGUGUGCAGUUGAAUAGUAAGUUGUGCGAGGGAACUAAUUGAAUAACACGAAAAUUUUGCA